AUGUCUGCCAUGGACAGAGAUCCAGGUCUACCAGUCAAGGAUCCAACAACACCGCACUGGCAGAUACCUCUACAUCCGCUUGCGAACCUGUCAUCGCCACAACUUCCCGAGGACACUGAUGUCUUGAUCAUCGGAUCUGGUAUCACUGGUUGCAGUGUAGCCAAGACCCUACUGCAGAGCGAUCACGAAAUUCGAGUGACGGUACUGGAAGCCCGGGGACUUGCGAGCGGGGCCUCAUCGCGCAAUGGCGGCCACAUCAUCUCGCCUUGCUUCUCAAGUUUCGAUGAGCUGGUGUCCGGCUUUGGUGUUGAAACCGCAGUUGAGCUUGCCUUGUUCAGCGAGCGCAACAUUGACAAGACGUUCGAAGCUGCCGCGGAGUAUGAUGGGUUGGUCGUGGAUUCCAAGAUCCGCCGAACAGAAAAGGUGCUGGCUUUCAGGGACCAAGAGAAGUUCGACCACAUCAAGACUGUUCUUAACCUGUGGAACGAGCACAUGCCAGCAGAUCACCAAAAUCCGUUCCGCUUGGUUGAUCCGGAGGAAGCCAGAACUAAGUGUGGUAUGCAAAACGUCGCCGGUCUUGCAAUCGGUCGAGCUGCAGCUGCGUGGCCGUACCGGCUGUGGACAGGAAUCUGGAGUAAUCUAUGCAGUACGUAUGGCGAUCGCCUCUUCAUCGAGACGCACACACCCGCACAGCAAGUCAGCGAACUGAAGUACGAUGGGCAACUCUACAGGUAUACCGUAGGCACACCACGAGGUAGUAUCAAAACGACUCAUGUUGUGUACUGCACAAAUGGGUAUACAUCGCAUCUGCUGCCAAGUCUCCGUGGCAAGCUGUUCCCUGUGCGAGGAACAAUGAGCGCUCAAGAGCUCGGUAACUCAGUGCCCAACCUCGGCGCACACCGAUCUUGGUCCUUCGAUGCUAGUCCGUACCAGGACCCAGAGACAGAGGCUGUCGAUCCAGGACUGUACUAUCUGACCCAGGACCCCGACUCCGGCUAUAUGAUGCUUGGUGGAGAGUACGACCGUCCUGAAGUUAUCAUUAGUAGCGACGAUAGUAAGAUCAAUCCCAUAUCUGCCGAGAAGAUUCUGGAUGUUCUGCCGAGACACUUCGUUGGCGCCAAAAGUCCGAUUGUAAAAGACAUGUGGUCUGGCAUUAUGGGAUUUGUGCGAGAUGGACUGCCACUGAUUGGCAGCUUGCCUAAGCUGGUCACAGGACGACCUGGUAAGGGUGAAUGGAUUGGAGCAGGCUUCAACGGCUAUGGGACGGGAUAUUGUUUGUCCUGUGGAGAGGCCAUUGCGGAGAUGAUACUAGGCAGAGAUGUUAGCAAUGGGCUUCCAUCGGUAUUACUACUGACGGAGGAUAGAUUCGAUGGUAGUCUGGUCUCACAAAACGUUUGGUCUGCGUUGACAGGUAAAGAAGAACGGAGUAGUAGCCGAUCAAGUAGUGCGAGCGCCAUUGUUGGUACUGAAUUGCGUUGA